AUGGAGUUUCUUGGUUAUCUAGUGUGCUCUGUGGUUUUCUUGAUACUCAUCCGUGGUCGUGCAUUGUUUCGUAGAAGAAGAACACUCCCACCAGGGCCCACUGGCCUCCCUCUCUUCGGCAACCUCUUCGAGGUCGGUCCAAAGCCCCACGAAUCACUGGCAAAGCUAGCCAAGACGUAUGGUCCACUUAUGACCAUACGUAUGGGCAGUAGAACUAGCGUGGUGGCUUCUUCGCCGGAGGUAGCCAGAGAAAUCCUCCAGAAAAACGACGAGGCCUGCUCUGGCAGAAUCGUCCCCGACGCUGCCACCGGGCAAAAGCACCACUACCUGGCCCUGGUGUGGAUCUCCACGGUCGAACAAUGCCGGCUGAUUCGCCGCGCGCUGAGCAUAUGCCUGACAAACCAACAAAAACUUGACACUUUGCGAGGACUAAGACACAAAGCUGUGGGAGAGAUGAUUCAACAUGUUAGUGAGACGAGAGAUCGAAGCCUGGCGAUCGGAGAGUUGGCAUUCAUUACUGCUCUGAAUAUGAUGUCCAACACUUGUUUCUCUGUAAAUGUGGCUGGGUUCGAGUCUGGAGAGGCACAGGGGUUCCUGAAUGCAGUGAAGACAAUCAUGGUGGUUGAUGGGAAGUUUAACAUUGCAGAUGUGUUUCCAUGGUUGAAGCCUUUGGAUCCACAGGGAUUAAGGACCAAAGCCAAGGUUGCUUAUGGGUGGCUUGAUGAUGUCUGUGACGGGUUCCUCACUCGGCGGCUCAAGCACAGAGAGUCGAAUCUGCCGAGUUAUGGGGAUUUAUUGGAUUCCCUUCUUGACUACAGCCAAGAACAUCAUGAGUCUGAAUUCAACUGCAAAAAUAUCAAAGUCUUGCUUGGGUGUGGUUGGAAAGCUGCAGUGGAAAAACUUGGCCUUGGUCAAGACUCUGACCUGUUCCAAAAUCCCUUUGCUGCCUUCAUUCCGGUUCACAUGCAAGGUUAUGACAGCGCUGUGCAGAAGAAGCUGAUAGAAAAGGCGAAGUUGGCAGCUGCAGCAGAAGCUUUCACUGUGCAACAAACAGAGCAGAAUGGAGCUCUGAGGUGUUCGAGGAAGGAGCUCAAGAGCGUGAGGAGCCUGAAUAGAAGGUGGACGCAGUGGUCGGCGCUCAAGUGGAAGAUGCCGAGAUAG